UUAUACUAGAGACGAAUCAUCCGUCUGGACGAACUUGGGCAAGAAAAACAUAGUUCGUCUUUAAGUUCGUCUGUGUUUAAAUACGGGCAAACAGACGGAUCAUCCGUCAAGACGAAUUAUCAGAAUAGUUCGUCUGUUUAGACGAAUUUGCAUGGGUAGUUCGUCUUGACGCAUCAUCCGUCUGUGAGUAUAAAUGCGUACUGUGGACGAACUACCAAAACAAAUGAUACUUCGUUACUCGCUGUUAGCGGAUUUCACCCAUAAUAGUCAAUAUGGCGGAUAGAAGCAAUGAUCGUGUUCAUGAAAUGGUUCAUGAUUCGAACAAGAAAAAUAGGGCUAAGAAGGAGCGAGUUUGGACCGAAACUGAAUUAAAAUACUUUGCAAUUGUACUAGCAGAUGAAAAGAAACAGUAUGCUGUUCAAUUAGAAACGCUAGCAUUAAAGAAGUCUGCAAACUUGUGUGUUUAUGAAGAAAUUGCAAAAGAUCUUGAAACAUACCUAAAAUCUGACGACUUCAAAGAAGAAAGCAAACCUAGGCUCCGAGUUAAGUAUAAGUUUCUUAGAAGUCAGUGGCGAAAAUUUACAGAUCGUGUUAAAAAGGGAAGCGGAAAGGCACCGAUUGUUGAGCCAGAGUGGUUCACCAUCAUUAAUCCAAUAUUUUCUGAUACCAUGGGAGAUGCAGAUGUUGCUUCCUGUAGUGGUGAUGUUCUGUUAUCUUACGAAUCAGAAAAUUCAUUGUCAGAUUCAGACAAGGAGGAUGAGACAGUUGAUAGACCAGAUACACCUUUUAGUAAUACCAGCGGCCUUAGCAUUGAAGCAACUGAUAAUAGUGGCGAUGAUGAUGUACUAGAAGCCAGUACAAACAGUAGCUCCAGCAGUAACACCAAAGGGAAACAUAAAGCUAAACUUGAAAUCAGACCUUUUUUUCAAAAAAGAGUAAAAAGCCAAGCACAAGCAAUUCAGAAUAUGGCCAAGUCUUUUUCUGAUAUGGGAGAGAUGCAACGAAAGCGUUCAGAGUUAUUUUCUGAAGCUGAAAAGAAAAGGCAACAGGAGUUCUUAAAUUUUCAAAGAGAACAAGCAGAGCUCAACAGGCAACACGAAAUAAAGAUGUUGGAAAUGAUCAUGAAGUACAGUAGACCUUAUCAAUCAGAAGCCCCACAUCUUCGCCCUCCAAAUAUCCAGAUUGCUCACCAGCAGUCUCCUCACAACAUGUAUCCCUAUGGUGGUUUUAAUUUCAGUCAACUUGAAUCCGAAGUACAAACCACACUUGAGGGUACCACUAUUGCAAGUCUAGGUUUGUUCUCUGUGUGA